AUGCCUUCGACGUACAAGAAGGAAAAGCCUUGGGACACCGAUGAUAUCGACAAGUGGAAGAAAACCCCCGACUCACCGUCAUGCGAUCAGAUCGAAGAAUUCAAGCCCGAACACAAUGUCGCCGGAAACUUCGUCGAGGAGUCGUCUUUCAUGACGCUCUUCCCCAAAUACCGCGAAAUGUACCUGAAGGAAGCCUGGCCCGAUAUCACGCGAGCACUGGAGAAGCAGGGCAUCGCCUGUACACUGGAUUUGGUGGAGGGUAGCAUGACCGUGAAAACCACCCGCAAGACCUACGAUCCGGCUUCGAUCCUGAAAGCGCGCGACCUGAUCAAGCUCCUCGCCCGUAGCGUGCCCGUGACCCAAGCCCUCAAGAUCCUCGAAGACGGCGUGGCGUGCGACAUCGUCAAGAUCCGCAACCAGGUGCGGAACAAGGAGCGAUUCGUCAAGCGGCGACAGCGCAUCCUGGGCCCCAACGGAUCGACCCUCAAGGCCCUGGAACUCCUGACUGGAACCUACAUCAUGGUGCAGGGUAACACCGUCUCGGUCAUGGGCCCAUUCAAGGGACUGAAGGAGGUGCGCCGGAUCGUGGACGACUGCAUGGCGAACAUCCACCCGAUCUACCACAUCAAGGAGCUGAUGAUCAAGCGCGAGCUGGCCAAGGACCCGACGCUGGCCAACGAGUCGUGGGAUCGAUUCCUGCCCAACUUCAAGAAGCGCACCCUCUCCAAGCGCCGCGUUCCCUUCCAGGUUACCGACAAGUCGAAGAAGGUCUACACACCCUUCCCACCGGCGCCCGAGAAGAGCAAGGUCGAUCUCCAGAUCGAGUCUGGCGAGUACUUCCUUUCCAAGGAGGCGAAGGAUCGGGCGCAGAAGGAGGAGGUUGUCGAGCGCCAGCGCCAGAAGCGCGAGGAGAAGAUGCGCGAGCGCGAGAAGGAUUUUGUUGCGCCCGAGGAGAGCCUGCCUGCCGACGGCGAGGAAAAGAAGAAGAAGAAGGACAAGAAGGAGAAGAAAGAAAAGAGCAAGCGGAAGCGCGAGGCCGAGACCGAGGGCGAGGUGGAUGAUGCCGCCGAGCGGAAGGAGAAGAAGAAAAAGAAGAAGAGCAAGAAAGAGGCUGCGUCCGACGACGAAUAA